AGGUACUGGGUCUGAUUGCUAUAUGGGGAGAGGAUUCUGUGCUAAAAGAACUCCGUUCCAAAAGACGAAAUGAAAAAACAUUUGAAAAAAUUUCCAAGGCUAUGAUGGGAAAAGGCCACACCAGGGACUCAGUGCAGUGCAGAGUGAAAGUUAAGGAGCUCAGACAAGCCUACCAGAAAACCAAAGAAGCAAAUGGAAGGUCCGGGGCAGGGCUGAAAACAUGCCGCUUCUACGCUGAGCUGCAUGCAAUUCUAAGGGGGUUCGCCACCACUACCCCAGCCCUGUCCGUGGAUUCCAAGGUGGGGGUGGUAAUCUCAGCCAUGGCUGAGGAUUCUGCAGACAGGGAAGAUGAGGAGGAGGAAGAGGACGACGAGCUUGCAGAGAGCACACCGCACUCCGUUCUCCCCAACAGCCAGGAGCUUUUUCUCACCCAGACGGAAUUACUCUCCAAGCCCUCCCAAGCCAGUAGCCCAGACAAUGAAGCCAUGGAAGCGACCUCUGCUGCACAUUUUUCAAGCCUCCCUACUCCAUCCCGAAGGCUAGCUCAGAUAAGGCAGAGGAAGAAGAGGACGCGAGAUGAAAUGUUCUCUGAAAUCAUGGAAGUAACCCGCAAUGAAAGAGCUCAUCUGAAGGAGUGGAAGGACGUGGUAGCAAAGUGCAGGAAAGAUGCCAGUGAACGUGAGGAUAGGAGAGAUGCUCGAGAUGAGAGGUGGCGGCAGGAAGAUCAGAUGUGUAGGCAGGAAGAUCAGCGGUGGCGGGAUGCAACGCUGGAGCUGCUGCGUGAUCAAACUGAUAUCCUCCGACGUCUGGUGGAUCUUCAGGAGGAGCAGCGGGGUCACAGAGUGCCGCUGCAGCCCGUGUUUAACCACCCUCAGUACUCACCAUGUUCCAUGUCUUCCUCACCCAGACGUGUAAGAACGCGUGGGGAAGGCUUCGUUUCCCACCUCCCACUCCACCCCAGUGGACAGUCCAACCAAAAGGCUGUCAUUACAUUGAAAUGUGCUUAAUGGCCUUUUCCUUCCCUCCUAUCCUCCUCCCAAACCACACCCGGGAUACCUUGUUAAUUCUCUUCCUCUUUUUAUAAUUAC